UACUCAUGUCAAACACAAUACAAAUUAUUUAUUUACCUCUCUUGACCAUUGCAUACAUGUCGUUAGAAAAGAUUACUCGAAAUGUUAAAAAAGGAAGAAUAUCACCACCUAUCAUCUUCAAACUUUUAAGAAACAGAUGCGCAAGGUAAAAUAUGGACGGAGUCAAGUUUAAAGAAUUAACGAAUAGAUCGAAAAAAAUAAUAUUCUUAGCUGCGAUAGUUGCAGUAGUUCUUGCUGUAAUAAUUGUGGUACUUCUGGUCUUUUUCUUCCCAUCAACUGAAAAGACGAAAGUUGGAGCUAUAGUUACCAAUGGUAAACUUUGUGCAGAUAUUGGAACAUCUAUACUCGACAAAGGUGGAAAUGCAGUAGAUGGAGCUCUUGCUGCUCUGUUCUGUGAGGGGGUAUCCAUGCCCCAAAGCUGUGGAUUGGGAGGAGGCUUCCUGAUGUUGAUUCACGACAAGAAAUCUGGUAAAGUUCACUCUUUGAAUGCAAGAGAAACAGCACCAGCAGCUGCUACAGUGGAUAUGUACCAUGGAAACAGCAGCUUAUCGCUGAGGGGGAUUCUUUCGGUUGCUGUGCCAGGGGAGCUGAGAGGCUACUGGCGUGCGUACCAGAGGUUUGGCGGUGGUGUACCAUGGAAGGAUAUAAUCCAACCUACCAUCGACCUCUGCAAGAAUGGCAUUCCGGUUUCGAAGUACCUAGAGGGCAUAUUUUCCAUCAACAAGAAAUGGCUGAUGGCUGACUCUAAUUUGAGAGAGAGUUUUAUAGAUCCAAAAACGGGUGACACGUAUAAAGAAGGACAAUACGUCAAGAGAUUGAAGUUCUCCAAGACCUUAGAGGUUAUAGCGGCAGAAGGAGGAGAAGCUUUGAACAACGGUAGUUUGACAGAUCAACUCGUAGAGGACAUCAGAAAAUUAGGAGGAAUCAUCACCAAAGAAGAUCUGGUGAAUUAUGAACCUGUUUGGGAAGAUCCUAUAGAGGUGAACAUGCCUUUCAACCAAACGUUGUACACAGCACCUUUACCUGGAUCUGGUGCACUGCUAGUCUACAUCCUGAACAUGUUGCAGCUGAAUUUAGAUCUUAAUGUUCCCGAUUCAUUGUUGAAUCUACAACGAACGAUAGAAAGCUUCAAAUUUGCCUAUGGCAGUAGGACUCUACUGGGCGAUACGAGGACACCAGAAAUGGAGAAGUUUGUAAGGGACUUGGUAUCUUUGGAAAACGCGAAAGAGACCAUUUCAAAAAUUAAGGAUAACGAAACUUCUCAAAAUCCAGAAGACUAUGGUGCCAUGAUAUCCAAUCCUGACAACCAUGGAACAGCUCAUAUUUCUGUCUUGGCUCCAAAUGGAGAUGCUGUAUCAGUUACCACAACUAUUAACCAAUAUUUUGGAUCUGCAGUGUCAGCUGAACACUCUGACGUUAUCCUUAACGAUGAGAUGGACGACUUCUCAUCGCCUGGUAUAAUAAGUAACUUUGAUAUUCCACCAUCCAAAAACAACUACAUAGAACCUGGCAAAAGACCUUUGUCUUCGAUGUGUCCAGUCAUCAUUCUCGACAAGAAUAAGAAUGUGAAGCUGGUCAUUGGAUCAGCUGGUGGUACCAAGAUCACCACAGCAGUUGCUCUAGGAAUAAUGAAGCAUUUGUGGUAUGAUAUGAGUAUCGAAGAAUCUAUUGACAGUUGCCGUGUCCAUCACCAACUCUUCCCGAUGUCCGUACAAGCCGAGGAAUGCUUCAAGACGGAUGAAUUCGAGGAUUAUAUGAAGAAAAUAGGACAUGAUUUGGUGUUCAAAGGAUCAGAUGGCUUCUCAGCUGUGACGUCAGUCUCGAAUAAGAGUCAAAUUUCAGCUUCUUUCGAUAAAAGAAGACCGGGUGAUGUUUCCUAUGUCUAUGGUUGAUUUUUAGUUUUAAGAGAAAGUUUUAUAAUAAAUAAUUUAAUUUUGAA